AUGACCCUAGCAAAGAUCGCUUUCCUCGUCACUACACUAUCUAUCUCGACUAGCAUCUUGGCCGAUGCGAUUGCAGUCGGCAACCAGAUUCCAGGCCCCGAGAUUUGUAGUAGAAAUGAAAUUAACCCAGCGACUCAAGCUCGGUUCGAACAGGACUUCCGGUUACGCAAAUUGGCCAGGGCUUCAUCGAAGGCUACCUCUAACUCAUCGUUAACCAAUGGCCCGCUUAACGUCUUCUUCCAUGUUAUCUCUCUAGAUGACACUGAAGAAGGUGGGAAUGUCAACGACCAGACCAUCGAGGCUCAAAUUGAUGUCCUGAAUACCGGCUUUGAGCCCACUGGAAUUCAGUUUCGCUUGGCGAAAGUGACGAGGACUGUCAAUGAAUCCUGGUUCCAUUCCGUUGACUGGCAACAUCCGUUGGAAUUGGUGAUGAAGACGGCGCUUAGAGAGGGCGGUCCAGCAGACUUGAAUGUCUUUACUGUUGGAUUCACAGAGACACCAACCCUUGGCUACGCCACUUUUCCUUCCGAGGUCAUAAGCAACCCCUUGCUCGAUGGAGUCGUCAUCUCAUAUGCUGUACUUCCUGGUAGUACAGCACCUGGACGCGGCAUUGGGAAGGUUCUUAUCCAUGAGGUUGGCCAUUGGGUUGGUCUUUACCAUACCUUCCAAGGCGGAUGUUUCAACUCUGGAGACGAGGUCGAUGAUACCCCACCUGAGCAACGGCCUGCCACUGGGUGCCCCAUCGGACGAGACACUUGCCCAUUCGAUGACCUACCCGAUCCCGUCCAGAACUACAUGAAUUAUUCGGACGACGACUGCAUGACCCACUUCACCCCAGGUCAAAUCGUCCGACUUCGGGAACAAAUAUCCAUCUACCGUGGAAUCAAUGUGUAA